AUGAUGCUGCAAGGACACCACAAACAUGUCGCCUUGAUAGCGUACCUCGCAAUAAUAGCCCUCCCAAGCGCCUGUAGCGCCUUCUGGAUGAGAUUCAUAUGGAAAAAUGGCUUAACCGAUCCAGACGGCAUCGCCGAUGCUACUUCUAGUAUCGCUCAAUACACACAAACCGGAGAGCAACCGCAGUUUUUAUCCGACACCCUCAAGUUCCCACAAGGUGCCAUGCAAUGCCAAUUAAUGCAAGAACUGGCUCCGCAUGAACACGGCCCUCAGGAUCCAGUACCGGGGAUUAUUGGGAUUUUUGAUUCUCCUCGAUCCGGAUUGCAAGUGAAGUAUUUAUUUUUCUUCGAGGACGAGGUCUGCGGGAUGACUCCCUCGAUGUUUCUCAGAUUGGAACCAUCGAAAGAUAAUAAAGGAACUACUGGUAAUUACUAUUCUAUAAAUUUACUAAAUGAUGCAGUACCGGUCUUUAAGAGCUGGAAACAAGCAGACGACGACGACCCUAUCGACCGGAAGAUAAUCGAAGCAUGGAGUCGCCCGGGGCGAACAGACCGAACACCUCCAAGUAGGGCUUACAUCAAUUUAGCUGAACGGGACAUGGGGAGCAAUCUACGAUGGAGACAUAUCAUCAAUGACGAAAAAGUGCUACCUAGCACUUUACUGAGAGAUGACAAACAGAUAGAGACCUUAUUAGGCUAUCGUUUAAUUCAGGCACUUGGAACUUGGCUGCAGAGCGAAGAGAAGUACCAAAAGGAACAAGAUGAAUUGGAUAUAGAUUUUGGAUCCGAAGGCUUCAAUUUCGUGCCAAUGAACCGCUUUACUUUGAGCGCGCAGAGGGUUGCCGCGUAUAUGGUACAAGAAGAAUAUGAAAGACUGGGGCUACCGGUGCCACGUAUCAAAACCCAACCGGACGACGGGCUCAAUAGAGGUAUUCCUCGACAACCUGAUUUACAAACUACGUCGAAUUCAAAUAAUCGGCCUGUCGUAAUAGAGGAAGAUGGAGCGGGUAGUGAUACGCUAGCAAAUAUUCCCAUCGAUGUCGGCAGACAGCGACCAGACAGCCAAUAUCAGCUACGCAGUAGCUCUAUAGCGCCUCAACAGGAAGAAAACCGAGGGGGGCGGAAUUAUCCAGUUGAUCGUAUAUCGCCGCAAGUAGGUGUAAAUCCACGGUAUCAGAUCUUCAACCCAUCCGGAAUUCCUCAGAGGCAGUAUUCGGGGAACACUAUUCCUCAAUUUCAACAACCGCAAUAUAAUAAUUACAACUACAACCCGUCUGCGCCGCCGCAAAAUGUCAACUAUAACCCUUCGAGUCGGCAGUACGGGCCGAGUAAUAAUCAACAAGUGUCGAAGCCACAAGAUCGAUCGGACUCUACUCUCCGUCGAAAUCCCGGAUAG